UCGGCAGUAUCCAUGGCAACGGACAGUCGCGUUGUUUACAGUUACAAGUUACUACAGUCUAGUCAGUAGUGUUGUUGUCUCUAGCCGAGAAAAGAUUGUUCAAACAUGCCUCCAAAAAAGAAAGGAGAUAAAGCUAAAGGAAAGCGUGGAUCCAAGAAGACAGGCAGUGGACGUGCACAAACUCUGAUAGAUGGCAUUCCAAUUAAUACUAUGAGCAAGGAGCAACUGGAGGGUCAUGUGAUCAGGCUUCGUAGUGAGCUGGAAAGAGAAAGAGAAGAGAGAAACUAUGUUCAGAGUGAGUUGGAACGUGUUCAGAGACUCUGGCAAGUUGCUGCAGAAAACAUAGAUAAUAUGCGUGCAGAACUCCGACACAAAGAUGUAGAAAUUGGAGAAGCGGAGGAGAAGCACCAGCAAGAGAUCAGUGUGUAUCAACAGAAGAUGAAGCACCUCAUGUUCACACAGGAAAACACCCUCACACAGCUCCAGGUGGAUAGUGAACAAGCAUUAUUAAAUCUGCAUCAAGAUUCUCUUGCUGAAGAAAAUCAUGUUGUUCAAGAGAGAGAGGAUUUGAGAGCCCAGCUGAGAGAGACUGAGAGUAAUUACCUGGCCAUCAUAGCUAACAUGAAGGUGGCUCAUAGCAAGUCUCUAGACUCACUGCGUGAGGAGUUUGAGAAAGAGGCAGCAGCAAUGGAAGCUAAGUCUGUCAAAAGAAUAAAAACUUUACAGAAUCAGCUUGAUCUAAAACGUAAAACAGAGCUGAUUGCACAAGAAGAAAAAAAGAAUAAUUUUCUGGCUACAAUCAUAUCCAACCAUGAGAAAACUUUUGAAGAGAUGAAAAAAUAUUACACCGACAUCACUGCAACUAACUUGAAGCUCAUCACGGAAUUAAAGGCAGAGUUAGCAGAACAAAAGGAAAGAGAACACAAGCUAGAACAAGAGAUGAGUGCUGCUGUCACAAGUCAGACACGUUUAGAGGAUGAGGUCACUAAUCUCCGCAAGAAGUUGUCGGACACACAAAGAACUGUUCAACGUUCACAGAGAGACAAAGAGAGUUAUAUGACAAGUCAGGCACAGGUGAAGGUCCUGACCAGUAAAAAAGAAGCUUUACAAUGGGAGUUGGAGGUCCUCAGAAAGAAAGCUGAAAUGAUUGAACAGGAACGAAAGGAACUCUAUGACCACUUUGUUGGAGUGGUUGGUGAAGUGCAGCAGCGAAGUGAACUUAGGAAUAUUGUGUUGGAGAAGAGACUAAACCAGGUUUCAGAGCAUCUAGAAAAAAAAGAAGCUGUUCUAUCAGAGGUUCUUACAGCAGCCAACCUGGACCCUACCUCAUUUAGCCAUGUCAGUCAUCAGUUGGAGACAAUUGUUGAUGAGAAGAACCAACUGGUUGGAGGGCUACAGGAGGAAGUGGCAACCUUACGUCGUAUGUAUACAGAGCUUAUGGACAAAUAUCACUUUACUCUUCGAAGUAAUAUAAAACCAAAGGGUGCCCCAAAACUCCCAAACAUUUCAAUAUAAACCCAAGUUUGGAAAUUAGACACAAAAAAUGACAAAUUCUUAAUUAAAACAAUGACACUGUCUUCAGUUGUAAGAACUGUACAAUAGCACAAAUUUGCUUUUAUUGUUAAGAUUGGCUCUCGUGCAGUCCAUACUGCUACUCUAGGAUCUAUAUUGUGUGUACAGUAUUAGGAACUUCUGACAAAGCUGCAGCAACUGAUGAAUAAGGCCAUCUGCAUUGGCAUUCUUGGCAUCAGUGCUCAGGCUGAGUAAUAGUUCAGAUCUGAAGCAAAUUUUGGGUUACAAUAUAAUAAUAUAAUAUGAUUAAUGGUUUAUUGAGAAAAAAUAGCAGUCAAAUGCUAAAAAUACACAAUGAAUAGAAGUGACAUAUUAUAUCUGGUGGCAUUGGGGAGUAGGUUGUUUAAUGAAAGCUUUUAGUAUAAAAAGAGGAGAAAAAAUGUGGUGAACACACAAGUUAACUAGGGUCUAACAGUUUACUUAGUGGCUGGAGAGGUUUUGAUUUUAGCCCUGAUGCAGUUGUGAUGUGUGGUGUCAAGGCUGGGUUAAGGAGUGUUCAGAGUGUGUAGCCUAACAGGGCACCCAACUUUCAAUAUGGAAAAUAAAAUAUUAAAAGGUA